AUGCCGGCCACCGAGAUGCAGUCCAUGGAGAUGGACAUGGUGCAGGGCAUGUACGACACCUACGAACUUAGUAGUUUGGACCCACCGACGUACUCCGUCCUGCUUGCUCCCACCGCAGAUGACCCACCCGAGUUGCGCGUGACAAUUGUGUACGACUCCGAGGGGUACCCAGAGACGGCUGCCCCCACCGUACGCCUGGAGCACCACGCCAAGCAUCGUCGCAUGCAGAUCACAACCCUUGCCAAAGAGAUUGAGAAUCUCUGCGCGGAACAUAUCGGUAUGCAUAGCGUGAUUUCCGUCCUUCAGCGGGCCCAGGAAUACCUCACAGAGUACGCGGUGAGGGAAGAGAAUGCGGAACUGCAGCGACGCGGAGACGUGUUGGCAAAAGCCGCUGCCAGCGCAUCUACGGCGGCACCGGACCCCACGUUACGCAUCGGAACCGCCGUCACGUGCGAGCUGUUUGCGGAAUGGAGUGAAAAACACAUGGAGGAGAAGCAACGGGCGCGGAGUGUUAACGAAAAGAAGAGCACAAAACUAACGGGCCGGCAGCUGUGGGCGGGCGCCCUCAAGAACACCGACUGGGAUCUUUUUGACACCGACGAUGGCGACGGCCAGAACGUCGACUUCUACGCCUUGGCGGAUGGGGAAGGGGACGAGAUGGACUUUGAUUUAGAUGACACGGAAGAGGAGGGCUAA